CGUUCUGAUUUCAAAUCGCGAGGGAAGAAGCGACAGGACUCCUCAGCGGAACCUGCCCUUUUUCCAGAGGCAUGCAGCCGCUGAAACACCGCCAGGUGCCGCUUCACAUUUAUCACCCUCUCAGUCCCUCAGUCUCUCUCUCUCUCUCUCUCUCUCUCUCUCUCUCUCUCUGAUCACAGCAAAACAAUGGCCCUUUUUGUCUUCUUCCUCCCCUCUCGUUUUCCCCUUUGGCUUUAUAUUUUUGCUCUGCGCCCCUCCUCUCCUCCCCACCUUAGACUUCCGCUCUCGCCCUUUCCUGAUUUGCUCCACCGUCCCCUUCUUUCUUCUCGCCGGAGCCUCCAUUGUCAGUCAUGCGGAAUACCAUUCAGGACACCCUCGCUGCACACAGGAAUGAGCUUGUUUCUCUUUUCUCCAGGUAUGUUGCUCGAGGAAAUGGGAUUCUACAACCCCAUCAAAUGAUAAGCGAGCUCGAAAACGUGAUCAUGGACGAUGAAGGCAUGCAGAAGCUCAAAGAUAGCUCCUUCAGCAAGGUCUUACAGUCUGCCCAGGAAGCAAUUGUUCUUGCUCCUUUCGUGGCUCUUGCACUUCGUCCAAGACCUGGUGUUUGGGAGUAUGUUCGAGUUAAUGUGUAUGAACUCAGUGUGGAUCAUUUGAGUGUUGCAGAAUAUCUUCGGUUCAAGGAAGAGCUUAUUGACGGAGAGUGCAACGACAAGUAUGUGCUUGAACUUGAUCUGGAGCCAUUUAAUGCAUCAUUCCCUCGACCAACCCGUUCGUCAUCAAUUGGAAAUGGGGUUCAAUUCCUUAACCGUCAUUUAUCUUCAAAUAUGUUCCGUAACAAAGAAAGUUUGGAGCCUCUUCUCGACUUUCUUCGUACGCACAAACAUGAUGGUCAUGCAAUGAUGCUAAAUGAUCGGAUUCAGAGCAUACCCAGACUUCAGUCUGCUUUAGCAAAGGCAGAGGAAUAUCUUUCUAAGUUCCCAUCAACUACACCAUAUUCUGAGUUUGAAUUUGACUUACAAGGAAUGGGAUUUGAGAGAGGGUGGGGUGACACAGCACAACGGGUGUCAGAGAUGGUGCAUCUUCUCCUGGAAAUUCUUCAGGCUCCUGAUCCCUCUACCCUGGAAAACUUUCUUGGGAGGAUCCCUAUGGUGUUCAAUGUUGUCAUAGUGUCUCCACACGGCUACUUUGGCCAAGCUAACGUCUUGGGUUUGCCUGACACUGGAGGGCAGGUUGUUUAUAUACUGGACCAAGUGCGUGCCUUGGAGAGUGAGAUGCUUCUUAGAAUACAAAACCAAGGAUUGGAUGUUAUUCCAAAAAUUCUGAUUGUUACCCGACUGAUACCUGAUGCAAAAAGGACAACAUGCAACCAAAGAUUGGAAAGAGUCAGUGGUACAGAACACACACAUAUCUUGCGGGUACCUUUCAGGACUGAGAAUGGAAUUCUGCGGAAAUGGAUUUCAAGAUUUGAUGUGUGGCCUUACUUGGAGAACUUUGCAGAGGAUGCCUCGAAUGAAAUUGCUGCUGAGUUGCAGGGUGUUCCAGAUCUAAUCAUUGGAAACUACAGUGAUGGAAAUCUUGUUGCAACUCUGCUAUCUUAUAAACUGGGAAUCACACAGUGCAACAUUGCUCAUGCAUUGGAGAAAACAAAGUACCCAGAUUCUGAUAUAUUUUGGAAGAAGCAUGAAGAUAAGUACCACUUUUCAAGUCAAUUCACAGCCGAUCUCAUUGCAAUGAACAAUGCAGAUUUCAUAAUCACCAGUACAUACCAAGAGAUUGCCGGAAGCAAGAAUAACGUUGGACAGUAUGAGAGCCACACUGCCUUCACUCUUCCUGGGCUGUAUCGAGUUGUUCACGGGAUUGAUGUUUUUGAUCCCAAGUUUAAUAUUGUCUCCCCGGGAGCAGAUAUGUGUAUAUACUUUCCAUAUUCUGACAAGGACAAAAGGCUUACUGCUCUACAUGGGUCCAUUGAAGAACUCUUAUAUGGUGCUGAGCAGAAUGACGAGCAUAUUGGGCUGUUGAGUGAUCGAUCAAAGCCUAUUGUCUUUUCCAUGGCAAGACUUGAUAGAGUGAAAAAUUUAACCGGACUUGUUGAGUGCUAUGCUAAGAGCACCAAGCUAAGAGAAAUGGUAAACCUUGUUGUGGUUGGUGGUUACAUGGAUGUCAAGAACUCUAGGGAUAGAGAAGAAAUUACAGAGAUUGAAAAGAUGCAUGACCUCAUUAAGAACUACAACUUGAGUGGCCAGUUCCGAUGGAUAGCAGCACAGAUGAACCGUGCUCGUAAUGGUGAGCUCUACCGCUACAUUGCAGACACAAAAGGCAUCUUUGUGCAGCCUGCUUUCUAUGAAGCUUUUGGCCUCACCGUGGUGGAAGCCAUGACUUGUGGCCUUCCUACUUUUGCAACUUGUCAUGGUGGCCCCGCUGAGAUCAUUGAGCACGGUACCUCAGGGUUCCAUGUUGAUCCCUAUAACCCUGACCAAGUGGCUGAACUCCUGACUGACUUCUUUGAUCAGUGCCAGAAGGAUCCUGGCUACUGGGAAAAGAUAUCUCAAGCAGGGCUUAAACGAAUUUAUGAAAGGUACACUUGGAAGAUAUAUUCAGAGAGGCUGCUCACAUUAGCUGGGGUUUAUGGCUUCUGGAAGCAUGCGUCUAAGCUUGAGAGGCGAGAGACAAGGCGAUAUCUGGAGAUGUUUUACACUCUCAAGUACCGGAAUCUGGUGAAGUCCAUUCCGCUGGCUGUUGAUGAGCAGCAUUGAACUGUUAUACAUGCCGAUGAAGCUGUCAGUCAGCUUGUUACUGCUUAAGUAUGCACUUGAAUUUCUGGUGUUGGCGAUCCUGUCUAACUGCUAUGGACAGGACCGUGUUGUUAUUUCUUCUCGUUUGGUUUAAGAUGUUGUAAUUUCCCGUGGACCUUUGUAGUGUGUGUUAAAUCCCCGAGCUUCGUGCUCUACCUUUAAUAAGUUGAUAUUAUGGUACUGAA